UUGAUCGGUACUUCUCAUGUGACAGUUGGUUGACGUCGCUUGUUCUGUAUAAAGUGUGUUUAUAGUGCUAUAAAAAAUUUUAAUUCGAAUAUGGUCAAUGCUAAGCAUCCAUAUGCUGGUGUACAACUAGGAUUGUCAGACGAGGUAAGCAAUGCAACAGCACCGCCACCGGCCUACAUGAUGCAAGCUGACCAUGUGACUUCAGCACAGCCGAGCGGCAGCGGUGUACAGUUGAUAGGUGAGCCUCAGUUGCCUAACUUUUCGUCAAUACCCAUGAAUCCAAAUCCACCGGUGGGCCCAGAAUCUACACAAAUACGAUGUCCCCAAUGUAAAUGCACCGUGAAGACGAAUGUUCGAUAUCGUUCGACCACAAAAACGCAUUUGGCGUGUAUAUUACUGUCAUGGACCGGUUGCUGUUGCUGUUUGCCGUAUUGUAUAAACUCAUGCCGAAAUGCGAAUCAUUUCUGCCCCAUGUGUGGUACUUUCAUAGGCACAUAUCAAUCCUAAAUGCGCAAACGGAGUGAAGGAGAUGAGAGUCCACCAGUAAAAUACAUUAUCAAUAUGUAUAUGUUUAUACAAGCACUGUGUUUGUAAACAUUCCAAUAUAUAAAUAAAGGUCUAUAAUUCCA